AUCAUAAAAGCAACACAGUCAGCAGUGUGGGAGACAUAUUACGGGCUAAUAAGAAGAAGCAAUUUUACAGAAACCCUCCCACUCCCACAAGUGAAGGAGCAAUUAUCAGCUGCUCUCUGCAAAGGAAUACCAAACCUCAAACCUUGAAAGCAGGCAGCAGCUUCACUUAAACAUCAUGCCAGAUAACAUGGAUCCGAAGAGCAGAGGGACGAGUAAAGUGGUGUGUGGGUACCCACUGAGCAUCUUCUUCAUCGUCGUGAAUGAGUUCUGCGAGAGGUUCUCCUACUAUGGCAUGCGAGCUGUCCUUGUGUUGUACUUUAAGUACUUCCUGCGCUGGGACAAUGAUUUGUCCACCUCCAUAUAUCACACCUUUGUGGCUCUCUGCUACCUGACGCCUAUCCUCGGGGCCAUUGUGGCUGACUCCUGGCUGGGAAAGUUUAAGACUAUCAUCUACUUGUCUAUCGUCUAUGCGAUCGGACAGGUUGCGAUGGCUGUCAGUGCGAUCCAUGACAUCACUGACACGGACAGAGACGGGACGCCCAAUAACAUGACAUUUCAUGUUGCGUUGGCCAUGGUAGGUCUCUUCCUCAUCGCCCUGGGCACUGGUGGCAUCAAGCCUUGUGUUGCUGCCUUUGGUGGAGACCAGUUUAAUGAGAAUCAGGAAAAGCAAAGGAGAACGUUCUUCUCUGUGUUCUACCUGUGCAUCAAUGGUGGGAGUCUCCUGUCAACCAUUAUCACUCCAGUCCUCAGAGCUCAGGACUGUGGCAUCUACAGUCAGCAGAAGUGUUAUUCUCUGGCCUUUGGUGUCCCUGCAGCACUAAUGGUUGUUGCACUUGUGGUGUUCAUUGUUGGAAGCGGUAUGUACUAUAAAGCUGAACCACAAGGAAACAUCAUGCUGGACGUGUGUAAAUGUAUAAACUUUGCCAUUGCAAACCGCUUCCGGCACAGAAGCAAGCAAUUCCCAAAGAGGACGCACUGGAUGGACUGGGCAGAGGAAAAAUACGAUAAACUCCUCAUUGCUCAAAUCAAAAUGGUGCUGAAGGUCCUCUUUUUAUACAUCCCACUUCCAAUGUUCUGGACCCUUUUUGACCAAAAGGGUUCAAGAUGGACUCUGCAGGCCACCACCAUGGAUGGAAACUUUGGUCUACUUGUCAUACAGCCUGAUCAGAUGCAGACUGUCAACCCCAUCCUGAUCCUAACCCUGGUGCCUAUCAUGGACAGUGUAAUCUACCCCCUGAUUAAAAAAUGUGGCCUGAACUUUACACCUCUGAAGAGAAUGACAGUGGGGAUGGUUAUGGCAGCUAUAGCUUUUGUCUGCGCUGCUGUGGUUCAGAUUGAAAUUGAUAAAACAUUGCCCACUUUCCCAUCGUCUUCCCAGAGUCAGGUGAAAUUAUUAAACAUGGGCAGUAGUCCACUGACGGUUACUCUGCCUGGCUAUGAAGCUCAGACACUUUCUCCAGCUCAGGCUAGUGAUGACUUCUUCACAUUGGAAGCAGGAAAUGUCACCUUUUCCAUUGGAUCUACAUUACAAAAUAUUACCAUGGACAAGAAACAGCGACACACACUUCUCAUCCCUUCAGACGUCAAUCAAUGGGAGCUGAUGGAUAGUUUGACUGAGAAGCCAGAACAAGGCAACAAUGCAAUCCGAUUUGUAAAUGGAAUGAGUAAAGCAGUGAACGUAUCAACUCCUGAAAUUCACGUUGGACUAAUUGAACCACUUUUUUAUUCCAACUACUCCUUGAUGAAAAAUGGAAAGGUCGCCUUCACCGUUAAGGGUGAUACACAGUCAUGUGAAUUCUCCAGAGACUUUGGAUUUGGGAGCUCAUACGUCUUCUUUAUCCCCAGCACUUUUGCCUUUGGGCCAAAUUGUCAUGAGUCUCUCACUGUAAUGGAAGACAUCAAACCCAACACUGCUCACAUGGCUCUUCAGAUCCCUCAGUACUUUUUUAUUACUGCUGGUGAAGUGAUGUUUUCUGUCACUGGGCUGGAGUUCUCCUACUCACAGGCUCCAAAUAACAUGAAAGCAGUGCUGCAAGCAGGCUGGUUAUUUACAGUUGCUAUUGGCAACUUCAUCGUACUGAUUGUGGCUGAGCUUGCAAAGAUUCCCAAACAGUGGGCUGAGUACAUCCUAUUUGCCUCUCUCCUGAUGGCGGUGUGUGUCAUCUUCUCCAUUAUGGCGUAUUUCUACACCUACAUUGACCCUUCAGAAAUUGAGGCUCAGUUUAGGAAGAAGCUUGAUGACGAUGACGAUCAUAAAAAACAGCAGGAUUCAGAUAAGGAUUCAGAUAAAGACAGUAGUAGUAGUGAUGAUGAAGCUGAUCCAGACAAACAGACCAAAAUGUGAACAGUCUAAAAAGUACUUAACCAUGAUGCAUUGAUGUUUAACAUCAACACGAGGUAGAAUUAUCAUAUUGUCUAUUUGUGUGUGUGUUUUAAAUAUUUUAUAUUCUAAUGUCCAAAUGACAAUUGUUAUUAUUUCCUUACAUUUACACAUUAUUGGAUGUAAUUGCUCUUUUGUAUUUAUGUGUAUGCUAUGUUCAAGUAAGCAAUGAAGUAAAUCCUGUUUGUGUGUUUUGCCAAAAAAACAAAAAAAAAACAAGCACAUAAUUCUUGUAGAACUCUUCAAAUCUUUAGCUUUAAAACUAACAGCCAUACAGUAUGAGACUGAAUAUUGUUUUGUUGUUUUUAUAUGUUUAGCACUUGCUGAAUGUCGUAUUAUAUGACAAAAAAAGAAUGCAUUGCAGCCUGACACCGAGAGAAUUAUAA